AUGUCUAACGUUUUCACUUACCAAGAAAUUGCAGAGCACAACUCGCCAGAAGAUGCCUGGAUUAUUAUCGAUGGCAAAGUUUACGAUGUCACUAAAUUCGUUGACGAGCACCCAGGUGGUGAUGAAAUUAUUCUCGAAUUAGCUGGUCAAAUUGCUACCGAACCAUUCAAUGAUAUUGGUCAUUCCGACGAUGCUCUCAAGAAAUUGGAAAAACUAUUGAUCGGUAGAGUGGACGUUAACAGCGAGCCACUAAACCAGACAGAAGCUUCACAGUCCACACAAACUACAGGUGGUGAGGGUAGUGGCAAAUUGGCCAUUCUCUGCGCAAUUGUUUUCUUCGCCGUGGCUUACUAUUUAUCCAACCACUAA